AGUUCAGUUUGAAAGUGGCUGGCUCUCUGAGUGGGGGAAACUCCACUAAAGCACUACCAGAAUGGCUACUAAAUGGUUCCAGCUUGUUAUGCUUGCCUGUAUCAGCACUAUCGUGGUCUCAGUUACCCGACAGGAAGUGUUCGUCAAGGAGAUUUCAAUGCGUCGCAGUGCAGGUGUAUCUGCGUGCUACAUCAUGAUCGGAAUGACGGGAAAAGGAAUGAAAUCUACUACACGGCAGCAGUCUCAAAAGGAAACGCCAGUCAACUAUUUUUCAUAUGAUGAGAAGAUGACGAUAUACAAGCCUGCGACAUUGAUCCUAACACACAACAACAUGGCAGUCCUAGACGUGGAAACACAGACAAAUGUCUUAUGGUUCUGCAGGGAUGCGACUCAAUACCUUGUCAUCAAUGAAGGGAAGUAACUUAAAUUAUACACUUUUUACACCAUUCGUGUCAUUUACAAGAUUAAGAUGGUCAGUAGUUGUCAAUCAGUAACUGCAGUAAAUACUAAAAUCUGACUGAGGAGGUGUUCAUGGUGCUAUAUAUCGGAACUAUAUGUCAUAAGGCCUGGAUAUUUCCUAUAACCAUCGAUUGGAUACCUUUAAGAGGUUGUUAUAGGAAAUGGCCAGGCCUUAAUGGCAUCAUAUACACCCAGGAACGAGCAGGUCAUUAUAUCUAUCUAUCUAUCUAUCUCAUAUCAUCGUCGUUCGUUAUUUGUACCUCUACACCAUGUAACCCUUGCCCCAAGAUCCAUCAAACAAUAAAAAGGCACCUUUAAACACGACAUAUCAAACUCGGAAAGGUCGCUGCAGUACCUCGGAAAGGCGCUAGAAUGCCCAUUAUUGAACUUGACCUUCGUACUCCCGAGUUCCUCUGAGGCACGCGAAGGCUUUGUACGGUACUGCAACAGUGUUCAAGUUUGAUGAUGGGCAUUCUAGGGUGCUAUAGCGGCACUUCCGGGUUUGAUGUUUCUGUAUAUAGUGGCUUGGCAUCUAGGUCAAUGUAUUUUAGUAGGCCAUGCCCUUACCCAACAGAUGAUAGCAAACCUGGGGAUUGUGGCCACAUGCCCUAAAUGGACGAUUUGUGCGUUAUGCAACAAUAGCUUACAUAACUUGCAUAACACAUGCCAAAUAAAUACCAAAGUUAAAGGAGAUUUCUUUGGUUAUAUUCUCCUUGUCCCUUCUUUUUGUAGGGAAAAGUCACGUGGGAGUAGAUGCAGAGAUGCAGAGAUUCAGCUUUGGGCUGGCAUGGAUGACUUUUGACAUUUUUUGCCAUUUCUUGUGCCCCGAACCCCCACCACCAGAUACAACAGUUCCAACGAUUGAAUGUCCAAACGACAUACACGUAUCUGUGCCACCACUGGAGACGACAGCCGCCGUGUCCUGGAUCGAGCCAAUAGCACAUGACAACAGAGAUCCACACGUUUCGACCAGAAGGGACCCUGAGGAGUUAGAACCAGGUGUAACACUUCACAGUGGGGCGUACCGGCUUACCUAUUCUGCAACUGACGCCUCCGGAAACUCCAAUUCCUGCUCAUUUAUCAUCACUGUUGGUGUCACACGGUGCCCACAUCCGUCACUCAUAAUUCCUCAGGUAGAACAAGGGAUAAUGCUGGUAAGAUUCUAUCCUGACUCAAACGAUAUACUUCUUGGAACGACGUUCGUAGCGACUUGCAAACGUGGCUACGCCUUCGGUGACGGCUCCACACAAAACAUCAGGACCUGCACGAGUUCUGGAGCAUGGGAUGGCGCAGACGUUACCUGCAGAGGCGUACAGUGCAACCCAUUAAGGCCACCAUUCCGAGGAAUCGUCACUUGUACUGAUGACAACAACUUCCUCAGCGUGUGCACCUACAGCUGCAACGAAGGAUUUGACAUCUCCAGUGGGACGAAUAGAGUGCGAGUGUGCACAGCGGCAGCAGAAUGGACAGGCAUAGAGCCGCGUUGCAGAGACAUCAUCAGACCAACACUUGUUGACUGCCCAGGGCCUCUCAUCAUUGAGUAUCUAGAUAUGAAUGAGCGGGAAGUGACUGUAGUUUGGGAAGAGCCAACAGUAGAGGAUAACGCCGACUACGGCUUAACAGCGAGCCUUUGUUUGGGAGAUCCACCGGGGUCACCGUUCACUGUGGGAACGCAUAGAAUUGAGUACACGGCAACCGACAAUGCGGGCAACACGGCGAUUCCUUGUGGAUUUACCUUGUCGAUCCGAGAAAUCACCUGUCCGGUCGUACAUAAGAAGCCGUACCAACUUGUGACAUGCCCAAGUGGAAACUCGUACGGUUCGCGUUGUGAGUUCGCUUGUGAGGAUGGAUCCCGGCUCAUUGGGGCGAACUUCACGUACUGUGACAAGACUGGAGACCCUGCAGUUGGCUAUUGGGACUGGGAUAGUUUGGCCGGCCAACAUUCAGGAUCCGGGGACUACCAAGGCCAACCUAAGUGCGAAGGACAUCCAUGUAGAGCUCUGAGGGUACCACAUAAUGGAGCCCUGGCCUGUGAUGCUUGGCUUUACGGGAAACAUUGCACGAUGCUCUGCAAUGACCGAUAUGACAUCCCUCCCGGAUUGCGCAUCAGAAACUCCCUAUGGGUUUGUGGAACAUCAGGGAACUGGGACUACCCUGACCCACCACACUGCUCUGUACGAAGACGCCCAAAUUCCAUCAGGCUUCCCUCCGAACUUCAGUACUUUCUUGGAGAUUGUGUUGACCCUGACGCCCAGGAACAGAUCAGAGAGAAUUUUGUCCAGCUAUUUCUACAGUCAGGCUUUGGCUUCAUUUGCGCUCAUCUAAGCUGCACAGUGCAGAAUGUUAACGUUAUUUGUGGUGAAAACCUACGAAGAAACACUGAUGAUCAACCAAGUAACUCAUCUGAAGCGUUUAUACUGACGAUUCAAUUCGACUUCGCUGUACCGAUUUCCAAUGACACUUCUGUGCGCGAAAGCGAACAGGUCCUGUAUUCGUUAGCAGAGGAAACCAAAAAACAGGUCUUAUCUGGAAAUUUGACCUUGAAGAAUAUCACAGCGUCAGAGAUGGAGUCGAAUAAGGGGUCAUUUUCAAGUGGGUUGAGUGAGUUUCAGUGUCAAGACGGCAUGGAGCCUCGUUACAACACACAUUCAUGCGUUGGCUGUUCGGCGGGGUCUUUCUACAACAUCACGUCUAAGAAAUGCCAAAAAUGCCUCGUCGGAACCUUUCAAGACGAAGAUUCUCAGUUCCGAUGCAAAAGAUGUCCUUAUGGAUACUCCACCGAGAGCGACGGGGCAACCAAUAGCACCGAUUGUAAACGUGAAUGUAGACCAGGCACCUUUUCAGCAAACGGUGUCCAACCCUGCUCCCCUUGCAACAAGGGUAAAUAUCAGUCGACGUCCGGUCAAAAGUCUUGUAUUUCCUGUCCACCGGCUACUACAACAUUGCUGGAAGGAGAGAGUGAAAUAUCCGCUUGUCAGAAUUUCGAUUUGCAGUUUCCACGGCCGACUCAGAACAUCUCGAGUUGUGUAAAGUAUGAAAACAUGGAAUUCCAAAAUGCAAGUGGCAUCACUGUUUCUUUCUGGAUUUGGGUUGAUAAUGGUUGUCAACCAAAUGCAACUAUUUUCCACUACCACUGCAUGGACACUGCUGAGGAAAGUAACGCCACUGCCCAAUAUCCCUGUUUUUACAUAAAAUCACCACGUAGUCUACGCCUUGGACUAAGAAGGGGAGGCAACACUACAGAAAUACAGAUGGAGACCAGUUUGAGUCUUGAAACCUGGCACCAUGUUGGGAUUACAUACAGCAACAUAGCAGGCAUGUACAUAGUCACAGUCAAUGGGGCCGUGGUCGUUAAUGGCAGUUUGUCUGAUCAAGGCCAACAUCAACGACAAGAAGGCAUCAGCCAACGUGGGUCAUUUUGGCUCGGCUGUCAUAUUACCGAAGGAACAUUAAACAUCACGGACUCCUUCUCUGGCUUUAUCAGUAACAUGAACAUCUGGAAUCAUACCAAGAACGCAAUGGACGUACAGGAUAUGUCAAGGACAUGCGUCAACACCGAUGUUGGAAACGUGGUCAGCUGGUCUCAGUUUGGUACAGCACAACAACUGAAAGUAUCACUCCAACUUCCCAGUUUGUGCGAUGACACUGACGAGUGUGCCUCGAAACCAUGUGGGGACAACCAGUGUGUAGAUCAACUCAGAAACUACAGCUGUAUCUGCCAGGAGGGCUUCACCGGGCGGAACUGCGAAAUCAACAUUGAUGACUGUCUGGACAACGUGUGUGAAAACAACGCUACCUGCCUCGAUGGUGUGGGGAGCUACACUUGUCUGUGUCCAGAUGGAUUUGUUGGUGGCUUUUGUGAAGUUGAGUCAGUUGAUGGCAACUGGACACCAUGGAGUCAGUGGAGCAGCUGCAGUGCUUCUUGUGGCGGGGGAAAUUAUAGUAGGACCAGGGAAUGUAUCAACCCCCGUCCUAUGCAUGGAGGCAACAACUGCACAGGACCAUCGGUUGAGAUUGGUGCGUGUAAUACAGAAAAGUGCCCAGUUUGUAAAAACCUAACCGAUCCCGUGAACGGUUUUGCAACCUGCAACUCUACUGGUGACGAGAUUAACUGCACCAUAUCCUGUCAGGACGGGUUUGAGUUUUAUGAUCAGCCGGUUCUUCACUACCAUUGUGGACGGUCAACAUCCUACCGAUGGAAUCACGAGUCCCCAAGGAAUCCUAUGGCAAGAUAUCCACCAUGUUCAGAGGUCACCAUGCCAAAGAUGUUGUAUCUGACACAUGAGAUGACGUACAAGAACUUGCCUUGCAAGACAAAGGAGGAAGCACGUUUGACUAAGCUAAAGGUUGAAGAAACGAUUCAGACAAACGUGGAAGAUAUUGAGUGCAUAAAGAAUAAUUCAUGCUACGUCAGGGAAAUCAACGUCAAAAACUUUUUAGGCACGAGUGCUGAAAGUGACACAGUAAAGGUUACUUUUGAGGUUUCAAGUACUGUAACAUCAGAAUCUGUGGCUGACAAAAAAGGGUCUAUUGCAAUGGACACUGAAGGAAGUUCAUCAAACAAAACAGAGUUCAUCAAGUACGCGAGAAACCUAGUUGGCACAGUAACAGGUUUGGAGCUCGCUGCAAUACAGCUAGACAAUCAGACUCUCAAUGACGUUUUCACGGUCUACAUUAAGGAUGUCCCGUAUCCUGUGAACACCAAUGCCUCAAAGACAUAUGGAGGUACUGAGUGUGAUGUCGGCGAGAUUGCAGUUAUGUUUUACUGUGUGCCCUGCCCUGUGGGAACCCGCUUCAGCGACGGGAAGUGCAUUCAGUGCGACCAAGGCACCUAUCAAAACGAGACUGGGCAAGUGCACUGCAGAACCUGUCCUCGUUGCCUGACGACCGAGGGAUUUGGAGCAUUAGAAGAAGAUGAUUGCAAUGUGGAAACAUUUUGUGGACAACCCGUCACCCAUGUAACUGCAUCUGAACCAGACUGGAAGUUAAUACCCUGGUUGGUGGAGGUCGGAGUGGCUGCUGUAAUUUUCGGUAUUCUGGCAGCAAUUAUCCUGGGGCUUUACAAAUGUAUUCGUCGGACUGGAGCACAAGGGAAGCGUCUGUUAGAGAGGUCAGAGCGGCCAAGAUCGAUGUACUUACACGGAGAGGAUAACAACAUUCACAUUCGUGAAACACAAAUAUAGACAAAAUCAAACAUACGAAUUGUGAAUAAGGAAUCCUGUUAUUUCGACGACACUUAACCACAUACAACAUACCACAAUCCCCAUGAUGUUUUAGAAAUAUGCAAUAUUGUUCAGAAUUACACUACCCGUGCCCAUAACUCAACUACUUCAAGAACUACAUUGUAAAUACUUCCGAUAUAUCAGUCAUUUCAAUAGAUGACUCAAUUGAUGCUUGGUGAUUGAUGGAAAUAUGCAAGAAAAAAAAUGCAAUUUUUCAGUACUGGAUAUGAUUGGAACCAAAGUGGUUUAAGCGUAAAAAAAAGACUCUUAAAUGAAACCCGUGUCUUAGUAAGUUUUUUUUUAAGAAAACGUGUACAAAUACCAAUCACCUCCCAAUAAAUAUCAGUGUAGAAAACAAAUGAAAUAUAAUCAAAACAAAGGAUUGUGUACAGUUGAGUUGAAAUAUUUCUUUCGUGGACCAUUGCAAGAAACUUCCCAAAAAUGAUUUCAUUUUACUUCCAGGACAUGUUUGUUUCCUUGUUUUUGAUAGGUGCCCAUUCAUUGUUGCCGAGAAGGUGACAGAUGACUACAGAAUAAAGAUUGUUGGUCAAGGUCCCCCUGGUGACUGAUCUUGGUACUGCAUCAUUUUUUUUAAUCGUUUGCCCUGGACAAAAGGUGACAUUAGGCCUGUAAAGAAUACCUAUUCCAGCUAACUGCACCAACGUGGUGUCAGUGACACGUCAAUCACGUGUUAAAAACAUGUUUUAGACUAUAUAUAAGUACGAUCCGGAAACGAAGAAACAAUCAUUUUGUUAAAAAGAAAAAAAAAAGUGCCAUGAACCGCGGUCCUCAUGCUUUACUAGAUUAAAACAUAAACUACUAAGCCACCCAUACAUUCUUAAUGUAUGGCAUUGAUUGGAAUCGGGAAAUCCUGUCAUGGAUAUAUCAUGUAUAUGAAUGGCUGCAUUGUCACCUUUUAAUUUGAUCCAAAAUGUUAAUCUUUGAAACAUGUUUUAGACUGAACUAAAAUUCCACGACCUCAUGCCUUCGCCAAAGGAUUACGACAAAAGAUUUAUGACUAGUUGUAGAGUUUGAGUUUACUUCCAACACAACAAAAGGAAAUCUUAACUCCAUAAAUUGUCGGUCGAUCUCGUCAACGUUCGUCAAAUGUGUGAUCCACUCGUUGACUCUCUGGAAGUCGGAAGCUUGGGUUUCCUUUCUUUUGCUGGAAUUAAGCUCAAACUUUAAAACUAUGGAUUCUACCAACACAGGCGAACUUUCAUUCAAAGAAUCAUUAAUGUUUCACAUUGAUUAUAAAAAAAAGAUUCUCACUUAUACAUAGAUUCCAAUGUUUUUUAUAUCAUACUUAGAAUCAAAACGUGCAGCUAGAACAUCAUUUCGCCUGCAAGUCAAUAUAUCGCAUUUUGGUUUCAGACCAAUAGACAGAAAGUGCAUGAAAUUACAAUCUCAUACGGUAACCGCAGUAGAUUACGAGUUCCACGAUACCAUACCGUCGCCGAAUGAUGUUAAUCUUUAGAGACUUAAAAAUGUUCUACUCAGUCCUACUCAUUCAUCAACCGCCUUUAAAGGAAACCGUCGAAAAGAUUUGAAUUGUAUUCACUGCUGUGCGUUGGGGGUUAUCCCUAAGUCGAUUUCUACAGUCUACAGUAUUCCGCACGAAACCUUGUGCUCUCCUGUGCGCCGCUAUUUCAGUUACAUUCGAGCACGUUUCAAUCUAGAUUUCACGUAAAUUUCUACACCAUGUACCUAGCCUGUAACAGUAGCUCCUGUCGACUAAAAUAUGCCAUUUUUAUCAUUUCA